AUGUCAUAUCAGGUUCGGUGCGAUAAGGAAGACCCGUGCGGAAACUGCCAGGAUCAAAUGACCGAUUGCACUCGACUUCGGGGCAUGAAGCGAUUACCGAAAUUACCGAAGCGAGGGGCUGUUCAAACGCGAACUAGAGAGAGCAGAAUUCCAAGAGACAGGACCCUCGUUUCUCAGCUUUUGAUUACAGGCCGACGGUCAAGACAAGUCUCCGUCGAACAGUCAAGUGAGGGUUCUAUGUUGAAUGACCUCCCACCUCACAUCGAGCAUGGAUCCUUGGAUCUCCCAGAUGACCUAUAUUCGCCGCUAAUUGCGCCCACCAUUGACACGAAUUAUGAGUUGCCAGGCUGGGUGUCGCUCAUUCCUCUCACGGACGCCCAGAUGAUCAAACAACCCAAUUCAGGACAAUCGCUGGAGCUGGUUCGAGGAAGGCAUCAGACUCUUGAGUUCGCUCUAUCCAUUGCAAGCCAACUGCUAGGUGGCAUGAGCCGAUACAUCGGAAGCAACAAAUUUGGAUCCUAUGUCCAGGACUUUUUUCGACAUAUUAGUAACGAAACCCUCAAGCGCAUGGGCCUAUCUAUCUUGUUAGGAACUGCUACGGCGUCCGAUGCUUUGCUUUACACCGUCUGCGUCAAUUCUGUGGCGUACAAGUUCCUCGAUACGGUAGCUGCUAUUGAGAGCGAUACCAUUCUGGCUCAGAGUCUGCGGCAUAGCGCUCUGCUCUACCGGGAGACCGCUCAAAGAGCCCUCAGAAAGAUUCCUCUCUUUACGGAGUCGUCGCUCCCUUUGUUACAGGCUACAUUAUGUGGAAUAUUUCUAUAUCAAGGAUUAGGCGACAUUAGCACUUGUCAAGAGUUGACCAAAACUGCGUGCAGAGUAUGCAUGGAUAUCGGUCUUCAUCCGGAUGCCACUGGGAUGCACAAUUCAAAUGAAGAGGAGUACUACUGCUUCAUGUGGUGCUACAUUCUGGACAGGAACUACGCCUGGAAAAUCGGGAGACCGGGAAUCCUUACAUUGGGACCUGAUACGAGGGUGGACCCUCCCACAUCGAGACCUAUUAUUUCAACCCUCCUCUUAAUAUACUUAGAAUUAGCCAAGAUCCAGGACACGAUGAUACCCUUCUUAAUUGACUCCUCUACGGGAGAUUGGAAUGUCUGCCGGGCUUUCAAUAGCGUCGCGUCGCAGCUCCUGCGGGACAUGUAUGCCAUCCGUGGGAAAAUCGACCAGAUUGAAUCUCCCUCGCCAAACUGGACUGGCCUUGACGUCAGCAGCGAAAUGGCGUCCCUCAAUUUCUCAUACCACUCCAUAAUGACCAGCAUUUUAUACCUACACCAAAUCGCCCCAGGACAAGUAGCCAUAGAGACCUGCCUCACAUCAGCACGGCAGGAGUUACGGGCUCUAAUAACCAUCUGCGAGUCAAAUAACACACCGAAGACGGUUGCUUAUCUACACUGCAUGCUUCGCACUAUUCUGCAACGCCGUCGCAACAUGUCAUCACGGGGAUUUCCAGAUCCUCAAGGCCCUCGCAAAUUGUCUCGCGCACAGCGGGACAAUGAGUCAGCCUAUCGCUACGAUGCAGAAUCUUUUUCAGCAUCUCAAGUGCAGUUGGGGUUUCAACCGCUGGACGGUGGUAUACUUGAUUACUCUCAGAUCCCGUCAAAUUUGCCUUCUUGGUUUGGCUCUGCUGUUAACCAGGACACUAUAUCCUGGUCUAAUGGGGAUGUUGAAAGCGUGGCCUUUUCGUCACCAUUGGGUGCUUUUCAAAGCCAUGAUGCUCUAUGCGAUAGUCAAAAUUUCUCCAGUCAGGCGGGGUCGGACUAA